AUGGAUAAGGGUAAUAAUGAAAUAAUAUACUCAGUAAAAAUAAGUGAACCCAAGGACAAGAAUUGUACUGGUAUAUAUCGUCAUCCAGAAUAUAAAGAUAAAUUAUGUGAAAAUUUUGAAGAGAAGGCAUAUAAUAAUAUGUGGGAAUUGUUUGAUACAAUAUCAUCUAAAUUUAAGGAAAGAGAUUGUAUGGGUGUUCGAGAGAAAUUAGAAGAUAAUAAACGUGGUGCUUAUAAAUGGAGAAAUUUUGGAGAUAUAAAAGAAUUAAUAAUAAAGGUAGGUUCUGGUUUGCUUAAUAUGAAUGCAUGUCCAUUAAUUAUGUGUGAGGAUGAAAGGAUUCCAAAGGCUCGUUUUUUAGGUUUAUAUAUGCCGAAUUGUCCAGAAUGGAAUAUAUGUGAUUUAGGUUGUAAUGCAUACAAUAUUAUUACUGUACCUUUAUAUGAUUCUUUGGGUCCUCAAUCAAGUAAAUUUAUAUUAGAUCAAACACAGAUGGAAACUAUAGUAUGUAACAAGACUUGUGCUAGUAAUUUAUUUAAAUCUUUAGAAACAUGCGAAGUAAUAUAUUUGAAAACAUUAAUUUUAGUUGAUGAAGUAGAUGAUGAAAUUAAAAAAGAAUGUAAAAAAUAUAAUUUGAAAAUUAUAUUAUGGCAAGAAUUAAUUAAACAUGGGGAAAAGAAAAUUAUAAAAAUACCACAAGGAAAUUUGAAUAAUAUUUUUUCUAUAUGUUAUACAUCAGGAACAACUGGUUAUCCUAAAGGAGUUAUUAUGACUAAUAGAAAUUUUAUAGGUAUAUUAGCAGCUGGUUAUAUUGGUCCAGCUAGAUUACCAGAUUUAUGUAUUAAUGAAAAUGAUAUACAUAUUUCAUAUUUACCAUUAGCACAUAUAUAUGAAAGAUUAUUGAUUUAUUUAUUUAUGGCUCAUGGUGUCAAAGUUGGUUAUUACUCAGGUAAUGUUCAAACAUUAUUAGAAGAUAUUCAAGAAUUAAAACCAACAUUAUUUAUUAGUGUACCAAGAUUAUAUAAUAGAAUACAUGAAAGGAUAUUUAAUUCUUUAAAGAAAAAAUCAGGUUUAGUUCAAUCAUUAUUUAAUAAAGGUUUACAAAAUAAAAUUAAACGAUUAGGUUCUUCUGGAUCCACAUCUCAUUUAUUAUGGGAUAAAUUAGUUUUCAAUAAAGCUAAAAAAAUUUUAGGUGGACAUGUUAGAGGUAUGUUAAAUGGUUCAGCACCUAUUAGUGUCGAUGUUGUCAAAAAAUUAAAAACUAUCUUUUGUGUACCAUUUUUUGAAGGUUAUGGAAUGACAGAAUCAUUGGGUGCUUCAUUUAUAACACAUUCAAGAGAUCGUAAUAUAGGACAUAUUGGAGGCCCUGUCCCAUGUGUAGAAUUUAAACUUGUAUCUGUUCCAGAAAUGAAUUACUUAGUAACAGACAACCCACCUAAAGGUGAAUUGUAUUUAAGAGGUCCAAGUACAUGCAACCUAGGUUAUUUCAAACUAGAAAAAGAAACAAAUGAAUUAUUAGAAAAAGAUGGAUUUAUUCGUACAGGAGAUAUUGUUUCAUUUAAUCCAAAUGGAUCAUUAACUAUUAUAGAUAGAAAAAAAAAUAUUUUUAAAUUAGCACAAGGAGAAUAUGUAGCUGUAGAAAAAGUUGAAGCAUCAUAUAAACAAUCUUUAUUUAUUAGCCAAAUUUUCGUAUUUGGAUAUUCUUAUGAAUCUGUUCUAGUUUGUAUUAUUUGCCCAUCUACAGAUUCUAUAGAUAUAUGGAGAACUCAAAAGAAAAUCAAAGCAACUGAUGAAGAAGUAAUUAUAUUACCAGAAUUUAAAACUGAUGUUAUUAAUGAUUUAACAUCCAUAGGAAAAAAAGAUGGACUCAAAGGAUUUGAGCAAAUUAAAGAUAUUCAUUUUACUCUUGAGCCAUUUACUAUAGAAAAUGAUUUAAUGACACCCACCGGAAAAAUUAAAAGACAUGAAGCUAAAAAGAGAUUUAAAAAGGAAAUUGAUCAGAUGUAUGAAAGGUUAAAGAAUUAA